UUUCUCUUUCUCUCUCUUUCUCUUUUUCUUUCAUAAUAUAGAAAAAUAUAAUAAAAUGUCAGAACCCUACGAUCCAUACAUUCCUAAUAAUUCUCGUGGGGAUGGAGAUGGAAAUAAUAGCAAAACAACUCGAGUGCAACAACAAGUAGAUGAAGUUGUUGGUAUCAUGCAAGAAAAUAUUGACAAAGUCAUGCAAAGAGGUGAGAGAUUAGAUGAUCUUCGGGGCAAAACAGAGGAUUUACAAGCAACUGCAGGCCAUUUUCGCCGUGGAGCUAAUCAAGUACGUAAGAGAAUGUGGUGGAAAGAUUUGAAAUGGAAGAUUAUUAUUGCUGUAACAAUUAUCGUUAUCUUGGCUAUUAUUAUUGGCUCCAUUGUUGGAACACAGACAAGAGGAAAUCAUAGCGAAAGUAGCAGCCCUCAACCAACAGCAAGCAGUGCUUAAUUUUAUAAUUAUUAUUUAUUAAAAAAGAUUAUGUAUAAAUCUAUUAUAAU